CUCUCUUCCGCAGCAGACCUCCAUCACAGUGAACGCAGGUGAGAUUAUAAACACAUUCAUAUUUCAUUUCAACCGAUCAUAGGAUCAUAAUCAACAUAUAUAUUACACCCACGGUAGUUAAACUUGCAGAUUGAGUGUCCAACGGUUGAAUCGCGCAGAUCGUUUCCGCAUGGGAUGUAAACACAUGAUCAUAAGCUCUCAUAUGAUUAUGUUAUGAUCUGCUAGCGGGCCUAACACCGAAUAAUACCGGAAUAAACGGGUGUUAGGCACGAGUUGUGCUGCUGAUCCCGGAUCAGGACUCGGUUUCUCCCCGGCAGGAUGGAGCAGAUCCUCGGUCGCGCGAGCGCGCCCCCGGGCCCGGUUCUGCAGGUGUGUUUCCCGAGCGCGCGCGCCGCGGUUCUGGAGAACCUGAACCGGCAGCGCGAGGAGGGUCAGCUGUGUGACCUGUCCAUACAGGUGCAGGGUCACGUGUUCCGCGCGCACAGGUGUGUGCUGGCUGCAUCCUCCCCGUACUUCCAUGACCAGGUUCUGCUGAAGAACGUCACCACGGUGUCUCUCCCCUCGGUCAUGGACCCGCUGGCCUUCGAGAGCGUCCUGAACUCCGCCUACACCGGGCAGCUCAGCAUCGUGCGCGACGACAUCAUCAACUACGUCACCGUGGCCAGCUUCCUCCAGAUGUGGCACAUCGUGGACAAGUGCACGGACAUCCUGAAGAGGUCGCGACCCCUAGCGCAGGUCAGCCCGGGCGUGGCGAGCUCCUCGAGCCAUCAGUCGCCCAGCAGCUCCGACUGCUGCUUCCCCGACCCGUCGGACCCGCCGGGCGAACCUGCCGUGGAGAAACGUGCGCUUCCGCCUCUGGCCACAUGGAGGCGCCCUCAGCAGAGCCGGUGGAGCCGAAGCAGCCUAACCUUUCCUCUACGGACCGAGCCCGAGUGUGGGCCGGAUCCGCACCCGCCUCUCCCGUCCAUCGAAACGGAUUUCGCCGCGAGACACCGAAUCCGCGUUCGGCUCCGAGGAGCGAAAGAGGAGCAGCGGCGGGUGGAGGCGGAUGAAGGCGUCGGAGAGCCGGCGGAGGACGAGGAUAAACUGAGGAUGAAGAGCGAGGAGCGCCAGGCCGGAGUCGUGGAGUCGGACGGGCGUCUCAGAGAGAGCCUGUGGCAGAGCGAGUGGCCGUCGGUGGACGAAGACGACGAGGACGACGAAACGUUGGAUGCGAUUGCGAACGCGACGGUUUCCCAGAAUCCUCCCUGCUCUCCUCUCUCUGCGACGCCGAAAGUCCACUUCUGUCACUGCGGGAAAGCGUACACGCUGAAGAGCAUGCGCGACCGGCACGUGAAGAUGCAGCACCUGAACCUGCGCCCGUUCGCCUGCCCCGUCUGCGCCAAGAGCUUCAAGAUGAAGCACCACCUGACCAAACACGUGAAGACGCACGGCGGCCUGCGCCCGUACGAGUGCGCGCUCUGCGGGAAGAAGAUCGUGUGGCGGGACAGCUUCCUCAAGCAUCAGGCGCGCUGCCAGCAGACGUCGAGCGCGGCUAGCUAUCAGCAGGAGCUCAGCGAUGCUGCCGGACCAGUGAAGGUGGAACACGACGAUUACUCGUUACUGGAAGAGGAAGCACUCUCGUAAAAGCAGACUCUUCAAAGCAGCUUUCAGUGACUCGCUCUUAAAGGGACAGUAACGUCAUCAGUUACUCGCCAGACUUUCGUUCAUCUUCAGAACACAGAUGAAGAUCUUUGUCAAUGUUUUUAUCGUUCAUCUGCGAUGGAUUUUCAUUGGCUGUCAACGUUUUUAUCGUUCAUCCGCAAUGGAUUCUGAUUGGCUUUCAAUGUUUUUAUCGUGCAUCAUCAAUUAAAUCAAUAUUUAAUUCUGAUUGGCUGUCAACGUUUUUAUCAUUCAUCACCAAUUAAUUCUGAUUGGCUGUCAAUUCUUUUAUAGAUAAUCAGCGAUUAAUUCUGAUUAGCUGUCAAUGUUUUUAUCGGUAAUCAGCGAUUCAUUCUGAUUGGCUGUCAACGUUUUUAUCGUUCAUCAGCGAUUAAUUCUGAUUGGCUGUCAACAUUUUUAUCGUUCAUCAGCGAUUAAUUCUGAUUGGCUGUCAAUUUUUUUAUCGGUAAUCAGCGAUUAAUUCUGAUUGGCUGUCAACAUUUUUAUCGUUCAUCAGCGAUUAAUUCUGAUUGGCUGUCAAUGUUUUUAUUGGUAGUCAGCGAUUAAUUCUGAUUGGCUGUCAACAUUUUUAUCGUUCAUCAGCGAUUAAUUCUGAUUGGCUGUCAAUGUUUUUAUCGGUAAUCAGCGAUUAAUUCUGAUUGGCUGUCAACGUUUUUAUCGGUAAUCAGCGAUUAAUUCUGAUUAGCUGUCAACAUUUUUAUCGUUCAUCAGCGAUGGAUUCAGAUUUUCUCUCAAUGUUUUUAUCGUUCAUCAUCAAUUAAAUAAUUAAUUCUGAUUGGCUGUCAACGUUUUUAUCGUUCAUCAGCAAUUAAUUCUGAUUGGCUGUCAAUGUUUUUAUCUGUAAUCAGCGAUUAAUUCUCAUUGGCUGUCAAUGUUUUUAUCGGUAAUCAGCGAUUAAUUCUGAUUGGCUGUCAACGUUUUUUAUCAGUAAUCAGCGAUUAAUUCUGAUUGGCUGUCAAUGUUUUUAUCGGUAAUCAGUGAUAGAUUCUGAAUGGCUCUCAAUAAUCUCACGUAUCGGAUCAUAUAACGGUUUUUGUGAAGCAAUUUGGUUCAUUUUUCAGAUCAGGGAAAAAAAAGUAAUGUAACUUUGCUUUUCAUUUAUAAAGCCCACUUCAAGUACUUUGAUACCACAGCAAAAAUAUAGCUUUUAAUAAUUAAAUUAUUAAAGACAAGUGAACAGUCAGUAAUAAAAUGACAAAUUCAACAAGGUAAAGGAAGGUCUAGCAGCAGUAUUCAGGUGAAGAAAUUACUAAAUGUAAAAUAACACUAUGGUGUUC